UCUUAAGCACUUCAAUAUUUUGAAGUGAGAUAGGGCUGUAAGUAAAUUACUAAUUAGUAAUUGACUGCUGCCAUUUCCACAGGGGCCAGGACCUGGACAGGCACAGUGUUGGGAGCAGGAUUGGAGCGGGACUGGUGCCAUGGGGAAGUCAGAUUUCCUCAGCCCCAAGGCCAUCGCCAACCGCAUCAAGUCGAAGGGGCUGCAGAAGCUGCGCUGGUACUGCCAGAUGUGCCAGAAGCAGUGCCGCGACGAGAACGGCUUCAAGUGUCACUGCAUGUCCGAGUCCCACCAGAGGCAGCUGCUGCUGGCUUCUGAAAACCCCCAGCAGUUCCUGGAUUACUUCUCCGAGGAAUUCCGAAAGGAUUUCCUGGAACUGCUCAGGAGGCGAUUUGGGACGAGGAGGGUGCACAACAAUAUUGUGUACAACGAGUACAUCAGCCACCGGGAGCACAUCCACAUGAAUGCCACCCAGUGGGAGACCCUGACUGAUUUCACCAAGUGGCUGGGGAGGGAAGGUCUUUGCAAGGUUUGUGAGACUCCUAAAGGCUGGUACAUUCAGUACAUCGACAGGGACCCCGAGACCAUUCGCAGGCAGCAGGAACAAGAGAGGAAGAGGAAACAGGACCUCAGUGAUGAAGAAAAAUCUGCUAAAUUCAUUGAACAACAGGUUAGAAGAGGUUUGGAGGGGAAAGAACUGGAAAUGCCAGUCUACACUAAAUUGAGCAGAGAAAACGAAGAAGAAAAAAUUACAUUUAAAUUAAACAAAGGAGCAAGUACUUCAGUUGCAGCAUCUUCUAAAACAAGUGUCCUUGCACUGAAGAUGGUGGAGGGUGCAGUUAAAAGAAAAGGAGCAGCUCUUCGCUCUGGUCAGCCCAAAAACAAAAAGAAGAAAUCUGCACUUGAUGAGAUCAUGGAGCUUGAAGAGGAGAAGAAGAGAACAUCUCGAACAGACUACUGGUUGCAUCCUGAAAUCAUUGUGAGAAUUAUAACAAAAAAGCUUGCAGGGAAGUACCACAAGAAGAAGGCAGUUGUUAAGGAAGUGAUUGACAAAUACACGGCAAUCGUGAAGGUGAUGGACUCUGGGGACAAACUGAAGCUUGAUCAGACACAUCUAGAAACUGUGAUACCAGCACUAGGCAAGAAAGUACUGGUAUUAAAUGGUGGGUACAGGGGAAAUGAAGGCAUUUUGGAGUCCAUCAAUGAGAAGAGGUUUUCAGUGACAAUAACCAUCGCCUCGGGACCUUUAAGAGGACGCAGAGUCGAAGAUAUCCAGUAUGAAGAUGUUUCCAAACUCGCCUGAGCUGCUAAAUCAUGCAGCAGAGAAGAUGUGAGUUCUCAGAACCUUCUUCCUCACAUCUUUCAGGCAGACACAAGACUCUGUAGUAUAGUAAAUCCUAAAUGAAUCCUUUGCUAAAUUAUUACAUUUAAGUUAUAAGUUAAGUUAAAUGCUGUUAAGUUUAAGGUGAUGUUAAGUUUAAAUGUUGUAAAGUGCUAUUGAACCUUUAGGUCAUACUCCUUUUUAUCCUUACCCCUUUAUCCUUUUGUCACAGCCCCCUCCCACACCCCCUACCUCCAUGGAAAUAGUUUUCAGUUUAUUUUGGUUUGAAUUGAUUGCAUUUUUGUUUCUUGCUUUUCCUUGGUGUGCCUUCACCAUCUAAGAGUGUGAACCUUGCAAGCAAUUCAUGUUAUAAAUGUCAAUAAAAGUAUUUCCUUUCACAUUUAUGUAUUUGUUUUUGCAAGUUAUUAUUGAUCAAAAUUAUUUUAAUAUAGUAUUAUGUGUAACCCAUUUGAACUGCUUUAAUAUAGUAUAAAAAGCAGUUUUUGACAGUUUUUUCUGUCAGCUUUUGCAGCCAAUUCUCUGGCCAUGUGUAGUUAUAAAUAGUGUGAUAAAUAUAUUAUCGCUUAGACCUUUGUCUAACAUUAAAAUUGAAACUGUGCACUGUUAAAUACUUUUAUUUGUGUAACUAAGUUUUGAAAUAGGUGUGAAAUAGCCCUGUUGAUUCAAUGUAUUUGUGGACUAUCUUAUCUGAAUGAUGAGAUAGUGACAACAAUCAGGACACCAAGAGAAAGAUUUGCUACUGACUCUCCACUUCUCAGGAACUGUCAGAACAACAGAAUGGAACAUCGAGAAGAAAUAGAAUACAUUGACUCAAUCUACAGGAUGGUCUGA